AUGCUUACAAUCGAAGAUACAGACGUCAUCUCAAACUUGAAAAUGGAAAAAAAUGUGUCCUUCUUAGACUACGAGCAUUCCGACUUCAAUUGGGAUAACAAAUAUACCUUAUCGUCAGUGAGCGAGAAACAAAAGCUUGCACUGGAAGUCCUCAAAGCCAGCCACAAGAUGUUCAAGCCACACGAAAAGAGAAAUUGCCACUGGUCAAGAAUCUACAAAAAUCCACAUCACCGAUCAAGAACACAAGGAUGUAGCGCAAGCGAAUUUCGAGAGGGUAGCCACGUGGCCAGAUUGAAGAAACAAUUGGAAGCAGGGAAGAAGGUGGAGGAAAUCGACCAGGUAGUGAAGCAGAAAGGAAACGAUUUCCGGACAAAGAAAGAUUUCACGAAUGAAGAUCGAAGCAGUCGACGAGAAAUUGAACAACAGCCAGACAGAGCUCAAGGGAUUAGAGGAGGGUUGGGAAGCUAUAAAAUCCAUUGCGGCAUCUCUCGAGAACUGAAUAACCUCAAUUCACAACAGUUGGAUCCGGAUGAGCAGAGUCUCUUGAGCCAAUUCACCAGAAGCAACGGAACCCACGAAGAUGAGCCAUUGCCAAAAAGGAAACGUCUGGAAGUGAACGAAGAAAAAGAAACAUCAAAAAGAAUCAUGUCUCAAAAUGGUUUCCCACGCACAGCUCAAUAUCUGGUGAGCCACCGCAAAAUCAAGAAAGUCACACUGUAUGAAGUCAAAUGGCACGGAUACGAUCACACCAACCCACUGUUCAUCACCAGCAAGGUCUUCGUGUGCCUCUACGAAAAAGACGGCUCCAAAUUCCCCUAUUCCGCCGAAAUCAUGGCAAUCAAAGAGAUCGGAGGAACCCAAUACUACAUGAUCCACUAUAGAAGACGGAAGAAAACCACAGACAUUCGAAUUCCAAUAGGAGAGGAGAAUGGAAGAAUGUUCAAUGGGACUUUGAAGGAGUAUGGAGACAAAUUCAACGUGGAGAUUUCUUCAGAUGCCUGGGAAGCUGAGAAGAAGGACAAAAGGAAGGCUGUGGAUGAUUUGGAGACGAGUUUGGAGAAGAAGGGAGAACUGUGGAGGAGAAUACAUAUGUCUUAUAGUGUCUUUUUUAAAUAA